CGGGUAUUACAAGGCUAACCAUGGCCGGCGAUUUCGUUAUGACCCUCGAUUCUGACGAUGAAGGAGACAUCCGUCCUGGAAGGAGUACGGACUCACCCCCAAAUGCCGACCCGGAGAUCGCUCAGCUCAACCCCGAAUUCUCCUUCGAUAUUGCUGAUGAUGUAUAUGAUGUAGUGCUACCUGGGGAUGGAGAGCAUUCACUGGGGGCUAGCGGUUCUAAAGUGGAGCCCGUGUCUAUCGACCAUUUAAUCUCUCGGCGAAGAAAAAACCUGUCAAAGAAACGCAAGCGGAGCGACGAUGAUUCUGGCAGCGAACAUGCGAAUGAUGCUUCAUCCCGUUCUGAUAGCGAAGAGGAUCCCCUGGCUACAUCCGACGAGGAAGAUGUUGACGAAGAUAAUGAGCAUAGUGACGAGCACGAAGACGAAGAGGCCGAAGGGUCUUCGGAUGGAGAGUCAUCCGCGGACAGUCUUGAUGAAGAGACGCAAGCUGAGAAGGAUAGGAAGGCCGCCUUCUUCUCGGAGGCAGAACCAUCAGAAACGCAUUCUUCGUUUCUUACGAUGAACCUAUCGAGACCUAUCCUAAAAGCUCUUACUAACAUGGGCUUCAGUACUCCGACUCCAAUUCAGGCUGCUACAAUCCCCGUGGGCUUGUUAGGAAAGGAUGUUGUUGGCAACGCUGUGACCGGCUCGGGGAAAACGGCUGCGUUCAUUAUACCCAUGCUAGAACGUUUGUUGUACCGAGAACGCGGGAAAAAGGCCGCAGCAACACGAUGUCUCAUCCUUGUACCCACACGGGAAUUAGCGGCGCAGUGUUUCGAAGUCGGGACGAAACUUGCUGCCCAUACAGACGUUCAGUUCUGUCUUGUUGUCGGUGGUUUGUCGCUCAAAGCUCAGGAAUUAGUCUUGCGAAACAGGCCAGAUGUAGUGAUUGCUACUCCUGGCCGUCUCAUUGAUCACAUCCGAAAUUCCCCAUCUUUCACGUUGGACGCCUUGGAUAUCCUGGUGCUUGAUGAAGCUGACCGAAUGCUCUCCGAGGGUUUCCACGACGAGUUAACGGAAAUUAUCAAGUCUUGUCCACCGUCCAGGCAGACUAUGUUAUUCUCCGCGACGAUGACGGACUCCGUAGACGAACUAGUGAAAAUGUCCUUAAACAAGCCUGUUCGCCUGUUCGUGGACCCGAAACGAAUGACGGCAAAAGGUCUCAUACAGGAAUUCAUUCGAGUUCGUGCCAGCAAGGAAGACGAACGGGCCGCUAUUCUUGUCACCAGCUGCAAGAAGAUAUUCAAGAGUGGUGUCAUUGUAUUCUUUCGGAGCAAAAAGCUUGCCCAUCAGAUGCGAAUUGUCUUUGGGCUUUUAGGGAUGUCAGCCGAGGAGCUUCACGGAGACCUCACCCAAGAACAACGCCUUAAAGCACUGCGUGCGUUCCGUGAAGGCCAGGUAGACUAUCUUAUGGCCACCGAUCUGGCUUCGCGUGGUCUCGACAUCAAGGGUGUCAACACGGUUGUCAACUAUGAUAUGCCGAAUGACCUGGCCCAAUAUCUACACCGUGUCGGACGUACUGCCAGGGCGGGUAAAAGAGGACGAUCUGUGAGCUUGGUGGGCGAAGGCGAUCGUAAAAUGCUCAAAGCCGUAAUGAAGCAUAGUUCGGGAGCAGACCAAGUCCGACACCGGAUACUGGAUGCUGAAGAUGUUACAAAAUGGGCGGAAGAGCUCGAAGAAUUGAAGGAUGAGGUAGCCGAGAUACUCAAGGAGGAGAAAGAAGAAAAAGAGCUACGCCGAGCGGAGAUGGAGUUGAAGAAGGGUCAAAAUAUGAUCGAGCAUGAAGAAGAGAUCUAUUCUAGGCCGGCUAGAACGUGGUUCCAGUCUGAGAAAGAGAAGGCCAAAUCGGCAGAAUUGAGCAAGAAGCUGCACGAAGCAGGUCCCUCGAGUGCGGCAAGAGUGAAAAAUGUGUCCGAUAGCACAAAGCCUAAGAGAGAUAAAUUCGCUGGCUUGUCACGGAGAGCUAAGAGACAUAAGAUGGCCGUGGAGGAGGACAAAGAGGCCGGUGAUAGCAAAACCAUUGACGCAGCUAUCAGAGCGGUCAAGAAGUCCUCCCGUCCGGCCAAGAUAGGUGAACCUGAGCGCCGGCCGUCUAGAGCUAAGAAGACAAAGGACAAAAAGAGGACGAAGACUAAGACCUCUUUGUCUAAACGUGAGAGCGCCUUUGGUACGGAGAUGGGGCAAUCGGCGAGACGGGAAGGAGUACGUGCGAAGAAGGGAGUGCAAGUUGGCGGUAAAGCCAAGAAGGGGGGCAAGCGGAAAGCAAGAUAGGAAUGCUAUAGUAACGUCUUGCAGGACAUUGGCCUCCUGACUGGUAAGAAUUGUCAUGUUGAUACGACCAUUACCUCCUUGUUCCCGUCAUAUUAUCGAAAGUGCCAUUUCGGGCC